GCUGGGCGGGUGGCCAACGGAGAGCAGGCAAGAUGGCGGCGGCCGGGCUAAGGGCGAUGGUGGGAGUGAAGCGGGUCAUUGACUACGCUGUGAAGGUACGGGUGAAGCCAGACAAGUCAGGCGUGGUGACAGAUGGCGUAAAGCAUUCCAUGAACCCCUUCUGUGAGAUUGCAGUGGAGGAAGCUGUGCGCCUUAAGGAGAAGAAGCUCGUCUCAGAGAUUGUUGUUGUAAGCUGUGGUCCCCAACAAUGCCAGGAGACAAUCCGCACGGCCCUUGCGAUGGGGGCUGACCGGGGGCUGCACGUGGAGAUCCCUGCAAAGGACUACGAGAGCCUCGGCCCCUUCGUAGUGUCAAAGAUCCUGGCCGCCUUGGCCAAGAAGGAGGGUGUCAACCUCUUGCUUCUGGGCAAGCAGGCCAUUGAUGACGACUGUAACCAGACUGGACAGAUGACCGCAGCGUUUCUUGACUGGCCUCAGGGGACGUUUGCUUCAGAAGUGACUGUGGAUGGGGACUGGCUGAAGGUUGAGCGUGAAGUUGAUGGGGGCCUCGAGACGGUGCGUUUGAAGCUGCCAGCAGUUGUCACCGCGGAUCUGCGACUGAAUGAGCCACGCUAUGCCACCCUGCCCAAUAUCAUGAAAGCCAAAAAGAAGAAGAUUGAGGUGGUGAAGCCAUCUGAUCUUGGUGUGGACCUGACCUCGCGGCUGAAAACCCUGAGCGUGGAAGACCCUCCCCAGCGCCAGGCUGGUGUCAAAGUGGAGACAGUGGAUGAUCUAGUUGCAAAGCUCAAGGAGAGCGGGCUGAUCUGAAUCCUCACGUGGUUUUGCCUUGCCUGGAGCCGCUGCUAUGGGAGCCCAUUGCUGCUGAGGUCGUGUUGGCCCCUGAGGCCUGCCUUCGCGGGACCGGGUCUCUCCGAGGUCGUCACCACACUGCCUUCCAGCCCAAGUGGCCGCCGGAGAAAGCUGAAUGAGAGUUUAAUUCUAUUUUCUGUAUUAAUGAUGGGUCGGUUUGCAAUAAACGAUGUGUGAUCUUUGGA